UUCCAUUUUUUUUUUUGGCUUGUUUUUUUUUUCAAGCAAUAUGGCUGGUGAGUGGGGCUGGGGACGCUGGCACAGGCUCUCCAAGGCUCCUAAAUGCUAGCUGAGGCGGAUGGCACGGUUCCCCAUGGCAGCGACAGCUCUAUGAGGACAAGCAGUAUCAAUAAUAAUAUAAAUCCGGACUCUUCGAUUCUAAUAUCCAAGAUGGAAGACGUUGUCAUCCCGUUCUCGUCCGAGGUGCCAUGCGACAAUAAUGGACAGCGCAUGUGGUGGGCAUUCCUCGCCUCCUCCAUGGUGACGUUUUUUGGGGGUCUCUUCAUCAUCCUGCUAUGGAGGACCCUCAAAUAUCUGUGGACUGUUUGCUGCCACUGCAACAUUAAAAACAAGGAGGCUCAAAAGGUGAAUAACCCCGCCAACAAUCAGGCAGCAGACAGGCCGCCUAAGGGUCCUGAUGAGAAGGAGGAAGCGCCGGCCAGUGAGGUGGGAUGGAUGACUUCGGUCAAAGAUUGGGCUGGUGUCAUGAUCUCUGCUCAGACACUAACGGGCAGAGUUCUGGUGGUGUUAGUCUUUGCACUCAGCAUCGGGGCCCUUGGGAUAUACUUUAUAGACUCCUCAGAUCCUAUAGAAUCCUGCCAGAACUUCUACAAAGACUUCACGCUACAGAUUGAUAUGGCCUUCAAUGUCUUCUUCCUUCUUUACUUUGGCCUGCGGUUUAUAGCGGCCAACGACAAGCUGUGGUUCUGGCUGGAGGUCAACUCAGUGGUCGACUUCUUCACUGUUCCUCCCGUGUUUGUCUCCGUCUACUUAAACAGAAGCUGGCUUGGUUUAAGAUUUCUGCGAGCGCUAAGAUUGAUACAGUUCUCAGAAAUUUUACAAUUCUUGAAUAUCUUAAAAACAAGUAAUUCCAUCAAGCUGGUGAACCUGUGUUCCAUCUUCAUAAGCACAUGGCUCACAGCUGCCGGAUUCAUACAUUUGGUGGAAAACUCAGGGGAUCCUUGGGAAAACUUCCAAAAUUCCCAGUCUCUAUCCUACUGGGAAUGUGUCUAUUUGCUGAUGGUGACCAUGUCUACAGUGGGCUACGGGGAUGUCUAUGCAAAAACCACCUUAGGGCGGCUGUUCAUGGUCUUCUUCAUCCUUGGUGGUUUGGCCAUGUUUGCCAGCUACGUCCCUGAAAUCAUAGAGUUAAUAGGAAACCGCAAGAAAUAUGGUGGUUCCUAUAGUGCGGUUAAUGGGAGAAAGCAUAUUGUGGUCUGUGGUCAUAUUACUCUCGAAAGUGUCUCCAACUUCCUCAAAGACUUCCUACACAAGGACAGGGAUGAUGUCAAUGUAGAAAUUGUUUUUCUCCAUAAUAUUUCCCCUAAUCUUGAGCUGGAAGCCUUGUUCAAACGCCAUUUUACUCAAGUAGAGUUUUACCAGGGAUCUGUUCUCAACCCUCAUGACCUGGCCCGAGUGAAGAUCGAGUCAGCAGAUGCCUGCUUAAUCCUCGCCAACAAAUAUUGCGCAGAUCCUGAUGCUGAAGACGCCUCCAACAUAAUGAGGGUUAUUUCCAUCAAGAACUAUCAUCCCAAGAUCAGAAUCAUCACACAGAUGCUACAAUAUCACAAUAAGGCCCAUCUGCUCAACAUUCCAAGCUGGAACUGGAAGGAAGGUGACGACGCUAUCUGUCUGGCCGAGCUGAAGGCAGGCUUCAUUGCCCAGAGCUGUCUGGCCCAGGGCCUGUCCACCAUGCUCGCCAACCUCUUCUCCAUGAGGUCCUUCAUUGAGAUUGAGGAGGACACAUGGCAGAAGUAUUACCUUGAAGGAGUGGCUAAUGAGAUGUACACAGAGUAUCUGUCCAGUGCCUUUGUAGGCCUCUCCUUUCCCACUGUCUGCGAGCUGUGUUACGUGAAGCUGAAGCUGUUACUUAUUGCCAUUGAAUACAAGUCCGAGCAGAGAGAGAGCAGAAGCCGAAAGCGCAUCCUCAUCAACCCGGGAAACCAUGUCAAGAUGCAGGAGGGAACGCUGGGAUUCUUUAUCGCUAGUGAUGCCAAAGAAGUAAAGAGAGCAUUUUUCUACUGCAAAGCUUGUCAUGACGACAUCACAGACCCCAAACGGAUCAAGAAGUGUGGCUGCAAGCGACUGAUUUAUUCCAAGAUGUCCGUCUACAAACGAAUGAAACUGGCAUGUUGUUUUGAUUGCGGCCGUUCAGAGCAAGACUGCUCUUGCAUGUCAGGCAGUGUACAUAGUAACAUGGACACCCUUCAGAGGGCCUACCCACUUUCCUCUGUCUCUGUUCAUGAUUGCGCAACCACUUUACGUGCCUCCAAAUAUAAGUAUAAUGGAUAUGUCAGAUCACCAGCAGAUGGCGCUACAACACCAGGGAACAGUGGAAGCCAAAAAGAGACUGGCGUUCGAUUCAAAGCUGAUUGCAAUAUAGUUGAAGACGAGCAUCCAUCAACUCUCUCGCCCAAAAAAAAGCAGCGCAAUGGAGGGAUGCGAAACUCACCCAACUGCUCGCCCAAAAUGAUGAGUCGACACGACCCCCUUCUCAUUCCCGGAAAUGAACAAAUUGAGAACAUGGACAUGAACGUGAAGAGGUAUGACUCGACAGGGAUGUUUCACUGGUGCCCUUCAAAAGACAUCGAAAAAGUCAUCCUGACCCGGAGUGAAGCCUCCAUGACAGUGCUGAGCGGCCAUGUAGUGGUCUGUAUAUUUGGGGAUGUCACGUCCGCUUUAGUGGGGCUGCGAAACCUGGUGAUGCCUUUAAGAGCCAGCAACUUCCAUUACCACGAGCUUAAGCCUAUAGUCUUUGUUGGCUCGCUGGAUUACCUGCGAAGAGAGUGGGAAACUUUACACAACUUCCCCAAAGUUUCCAUCUUACCUGGUACACCAUUAAGUCGGGCAGAUUUAAGGGCUGUCAACAUCAACCUCUGCGACAUGUGCGUAAUACUGUCAGCCAAUCAGAACAAUAUCGAAGAUGCCUCACUGCAGGAUAAGGAAUGCAUCUUGGCAUCACUCAACAUCAAAUCUAUGCAGUUUGAUGACAGCAUCGGGGUCUUACAGGCUAAUUCCCAAGGUUUCACGCCUCCUGGAAUGGACAGGUCAUCUCCAGACAGCAGUCCAGUACAUGGCUUUGUGCGGCAGGCAUCUGUCACCACCGGAUCCAACAUCCCCAUCAUCACAGAACUCGCUAAACCUGGCAAACUACUGCCAUUGGUUUCACUCAGUCAGGAAAAAAAAAGUGGAACCAACAUACAAAUGAUAACAGAGCUGGUGAACGACUCAAACGUUCAGUUCUUGGACCAAGAUGACGAUGACGACCCAGACACGGAGCUGUACCUCACUCAGCCGUUCGCCUGCGGCACCGCCUUCGCUGUCAGCGUACUCGACUCCCUGAUGAGUGCGACGUACUUCAACGAUAAUAUCCUGACGCUGAUCCGGACGCUGGUCACAGGGGGAGCCACGCCGGAGCUGGAGGCCCUGCUGGCCGAGGAGAACGCGCUCAGAGGAGGCUACAGCACGCCGCAGACGCUGGCCAACAGAGACAGGUGUCGCGUCGCCCAGCUCGCCCUCUACGACGGGCCGUUCGCUGACUUGGGGGACGGCGGCUGCUAUGGGGACCUGUUCUGUAAAGCACUGAAGACAUACAACAUGCUGUGUUUUGGCAUCUACAGAUUAAGAGAUGCUCAUCUCAGCGCACCGAGCCAGUGCACAAAACGAUAUGUGAUCACAAACCCCCCCUACGAGUUUGAGCUGGUGCCCACAGACUUGAUCUUCUGCCUCAUGCAGUUCGACCACAACGCCGGCCAGUCCCGGACGAGCCUGUCCCACUCCUCCCACUCCUCCCAUUCCUCCAGCAAAAAGAGCUCCUCCGUGCACUCCAUCCCCCCCUCCAACCGGCAGAACCGCAGCAGUAAAACCCGAGAGGCGCGAGACAAACAGAAUGCAACAAGGAUGAAUAGAAUGGGCCAAGAAAAGAAAUGGUUUACAGAUGAACCCGAAAAUGCCUACCCCCGGAACAUUCAGAUCAAGCCCAUGAGCACUCACAUGGCCAACCAAGUCAACCAAUACAAAUCUACUAGUAGUCUGAUUCCACCAAUCAGAGAAGUUGAAGACGAAUGCUGAACACCCGGUUUUCCUCACCGAAUCACCAGACAACUGCACGCUCUUUAAAAAAGAGGUGGGAAGAGAUCUCCGGCGGAGGAGUGAUAACGAAGACUGACACAUUUCUCUUCACGCUUUCUUCUGAUCGAGGGUUGGACUGAACCCCCGGACUGGAAGGGACCUCCUAUGUGUAUACCUUUAAUGUUACUUCCAUGCUUUUGGACAUUGUUUUAUUUAUUAAUGUAUCCAUAGAGAUGUACAUAAUGACAAUCAAAUAAGGAUUGUACAGCCCCUUCCCCCUAGCACUUUUUGGAAUUAUUUUAAGAGUUGACAAAGAAAAAAACAAAAAAAAAAAAGAGAGAGAGUACUUCCUGUAAUUCUUUGCAAUAGUUCACCUCUUCAUGUGACCAGACUCCAUGGCUAAGGUGACUGGUUAUAGGAGGAUGAGGGUUGCAGCGAUGAACUGAUCAUAUCAUCUCCCAAAGAUUCACCCGGACGCGCCGCAUCAAAGCAGCUGGGUUCAUCAGCGUCACGUCUCCUAUCUGCUUCUGUUCUAUUUGCACUAAAACUGAACAAGUUUCUUUUGACAGAACAAACGGAAACAUCCGACCGACCCCCCCCCCCCACCCUUCAGAAUAAAAUGUCUCUCAGAGAGAUGAAAACGGGAUGGAAGGAAACGGCAAGGAACGAAGAGAGGACGGAGGGGCUGCUUGGCGUUGGAGACGUACCAAUCUUGUUUUUGGUUUGUUACACUUCAUGUCACUUGCUUAAGUUGUGCGACUUCACCUCGACUCGCGUCGAGUGGGAUCGCUCCCGACCUGCAGAACAACAAAA